AUGGGAAAACGUGUGCUUGUCGGAUAUGGAAUCGACGUUGAUGCAGUCAGUGGGUGGAUAAACUCCGAGGACGGUUCUGCACCGGACUUGACCGACGUAUCACGUGGCAUCUUCGGUGCGACAGUGGGCAUCGACCGACUACUCAAAUUGUUUGAUCAAAAUAACAUCAAGGCAUCUUGGUUUGUUCCGGGACAUACGAUUGAGUCAUUCCCAGAACAAAUACAAAAAAUAAAAGAGGCAAACCAUGAGAUUGGUUUACAUGGUUACUCACAUGAGCAUGUCAAUGUCUUAUCAGAUCAACAAGAGCGAGAUGUGCUCGCGCGGUCUAUUGAAGUCCUAACCAAAUUCACUGGGAAGCAUCCGAAGGGGUGGACCGCACCAUCAUGGAAGACGUCUCCUCGCACCAUCAAGUUGCUCGAGGAAUUCGACAUAGAAUAUGAUCAUUCCUUUAUGCAUCAUGACUCUCAGCUCUACUACGUCCCUCACUGCCAUGCGGAGAUUACUACGACCAAUAUAUCCCAGCCCGCCGCUUCCUGGAUGCUUCCGAUGGGGAAGCUCACCCCCAGCAAAAUUGUCGAGGUUCCCGCCAACUGGCACUUGGAUGACUGGCCACCUUUUCAGCUUGAAGAUGGCCCUUCUCAUGGGUAUGUCGACCCGUACGUUAUCGAACAACUGUGGAAGGAUCAGUUCGACUUCCUCUAUCAAGAGUACGAUACCUUCGUUUUCCCAAUCUCGCUCCAUCCCCAGGUUAGUGGGAAGCCUCAGAUCAUGCUCUUGCACCAGAGAUUGAUCAACUACUUGAACGCCCACGAAGGAGUAGAAUGGUGUACCUUUGGUGAAAUGGUGGAUGAAUUCAAGGCUGGAAGAAUCGGCGGCGCUCAGGUAGCUGGGGGUGUUAGCUCAUAGUAUGGAUACGUUCAGGACCCAAACCUCCACAUAAAACCAUACAACGACAUUACCAUGGCCAUUUCGUGCGAUACAGCCGUACCGGCUUGGUCAAGACCUCAGCUGCUAUUUGUUGAUGGUGUAAAACGUGUGGUGACUUGAGUUAUGGGGUGUCCAAGUGGUCUAGACGAUAACGGACUUUUGGUUGAAACAUCGCCGUGGUCACCAAAUCAUAUUUUCUUAUUCUGUGUAUGAUAUAAUCCAUGAGAUUUUAAACUCAUCUAAUAACUUGUAGGUGAAGGCUAGGAUGUAUGCGGAGCUUGAAGUACUUAUUAAUGCAUUUUUUGAAAUGGAAGUGAAAAAGUCUUGCUUGAAGUACAGUGUAAUAUGUGCUAGCUGGUAAUAAAAAAGUAAGAAGGGAGCAAACGCAUUCAGUUACUUCAGGGAUACAGGCGCU